CGCGCGAAUAUACCGUCGUAGUAUACCGUACAGUAUAGUGCGUGUGUUUAGUUGUUAGUGACGAACUCUUAAAGUGUAGAGGUUUAGCAUAGAAAAAUGAACUACUCAUCAAGAAAGAUGUGGCUGUCCUGCUUAGUCGCCAGCUGUCUGUUAAGCAUAGCUCUAGCCGCAAAUGAGUACCUACCACCUAGCAAAGGUUACAACUACGAUGUACCGAAAAUACCUUUUCCUUCCAGAACCCCUCCACCCCCGCCUAUAAGGACGACACCGCAGCCGACGCGGCCUAACACUUAUGUACCACCACCUCCAACACCGACUGAUCAUGAUCACCACCACGAAGAACACGACCACCACCAUCACCACGAGCCCGGCAUGCCCUUCGACUUUUCCUAUGCUGUCAAUGAAGAUGGCAACGAUUUCAGUCACAACGCCAAAUCUGAUGGUGAUGUGACCAGGGGAGAGUACAGGAUCGCUCUGCCUGACGGACGCACUCAAAUUGUUAGAUAUACAGCUGAUUGGAAGAACGGAUUCAAUGCUGAGGUGAUCUACGAAGGCGAAGCGCGAUACCCCGACCAGCCUAGUCAGCAGGGAGGUGGUUAUCCUUCAGGACCCGGGCAGUCCUACAUUCCACCAAACCAGGGCGAAGGCUAUCACUAUUAGAAUCCAAAAAUAUGACCAAGAAACGCGACUUAGAAUAAUUUAUCACGACUUUUUUGUUCAAAAAUGCGUUGAUACUAUAUUUAAAAUAUUGUAAAACUUUCACCAACAGACAGCGCUGAAUGCCAAAAUGUUAAAGCUACUCGACAAUAGAUGGCGCUAGCAAUGUAAUAUUUUUCCUCUCACCGAUAGAUGGCGGUAAAAGUUUAAAAUGUUUGUUUGUUUUAUUAUUUUGAUUUGCUAGCAUUGCUAGAUUGGCGCUAGAAUUUAUUUUAAUUCUAUUAUGCUUCAUAAAUUGUGUAAAAAUCUGAUUCCAUGUAAACAUCAAACCUAUUUUUAAGUUGUUCUAUUGGUUAGUAAAAUAAGAGUAUUAUUUAAUUUUAAUUUAACGGCUAAAUACUAAACAUUUCCCCACUCAGUUUUAGUUAUACCUUCUGGGUAGGUAUAGUGCGCGACAGGUUGAGAUGGCCAUCGAGGUGGGGACGCCAUGCACAUCCCCCGUGCUAAACCCCUGCGGGUGUGCGGGGCGUACCCCUGCCUCAUACCCCGAUUGCCAUCUCAACCGCGGCAGGUUAGGUACUAUACGUUUAUCAUAAAAUAGUAAGGAUUUAAUCAAAUAAAAAACAAAAUGUUUUCAUUAAUGUCUUUAUUGUGCGUAAAUAUCUCACUUCAGCUUAAAAUAAACGAUAGUACUUAUUUAAAAAAAAUAUUGCUAUUCCAAAUUCAAAACCAAUCUAUCUUAAUAUCUUAUACGGUUUCACUGAGACACCUUGUAUGGCGCGGGAUAGGGUGUACCUAGGCGUAAAAUCAAGGAAAUCUUAUAUCACACAGUGGCUAAAAUAUCUGCUGUGCAGUUUGGCGAGAUAUAGUUUUUAACGAAUUUUUGUGCACUGUGGUAAAUUAAAAAAAAAUAUCAUGAUAUAAUAUCAAAUAU